AUGACACAGAAAGUACCAGUGUGGUUGGACGUUGACACGGGAAACGAUGAUGUCUUCGCUCUCCUCAUGGCAGCACAUCACCCUUCCCUCGACCUGAUCGGCACCAGCACGACGCAUGGAAAUGCCUCGCUAAAAAAUACCACCAAAAACACGAGUAUGAUACUCACAGCUCUUGGUCGUACUGAUGUCUCCGUCUAUCCAGGAACUGCAAAACCAUUUUGCAGAGAUGAAAUAGUAACAUUUGAUAUGCAUGGAUCAACUGGUCUUGGUGGAAUAUCCAAACUUCCAUCGCCCAAUGCUCCUAUAAAGAGCGAAUGCAACGCCAUUCUUGAAAUGCGGAACGCUCUUCUUGCACAGCCAGUCAAAACUGCUUGGCUCGUAGCAACCGGACCGCUCACUAAUGCCGCACUUCUUUUUGCGACUUUUCCAGAAGUUGUGGACCACAUCGCAGGUCUCAGCAUUAUGGGCGGUGCGGUUGGAGGUAACUUUACAACAGCCAAGAACGGGAAGACAGACGGGAGUCUAGAGAAGGACAAAAGUGAGAGAUUUGGUAAUGAAACAGACUGGGCGGAGUUUAAUAUUUACUGUGACCCCGAAGCGGCUCGGUCCAUCUUUUCGCAUCCUAAUCUCGCGAUUAAAACCACACUCAUAACGCUUGAUCUUACACAUCUCUGCCUCGCUACAAAGAGUGUACGCUCAAAAUUACUAAAUGGAGGCGUUUCCGAAAAGCCUUCAGAGUUGCGAAUCAUGCUUGAAGAGAUCCUAGAAUUCUUCGCCAGCGGCUACAAUAACUUCUUUGGCAUGGAUGACGGGCCACCAUUACACGACCCGCUCGCUGUAGCUGCGCUAUUACCGGACUCAGACAUAUUUGAAGACGAUGGAACCAGGUACGAUGUCAGAAUGGUUACGGUAGGGGAGCAUACUGCCGAAGAUGGAGAAGAUCUAGAGACAGUAAGAGGGCAGGUCGGAAGGACAGUGGUGACGAAGCGAAAUGAUGGAAAGGGUGUAAGGAUUCCGCACAAUUUAAAUCUUGAUGCAUUUUGGGGGACAAUAAGUGAAUGCUGUAGUAUUGCCGAAGAAAAAGGGUCUGUCUAA